UAUUGCAAGUUCAAAUUUUCUUACCCCAGGUUGCGGAGAGGGCAUUGUACUUCUGGAACAACGAGUAUAUCAUGAGCCUCAUUGAGGAGAACUCGAAUGUGAUCCUGCCUAUAAUGUUCCCAGCAUUAUACAGAAUUAGCAAGGAACACUGGAACCAGACCAUUGUUGCACUAGUUUAUAAUGUGCUCAAAACAUUUAUGGAAAUGAACAGUAAGCUGUUUGAUGAACUUACAGCUUCUUAUAAGGCAGAGAGGCAAAGGGAGAAGAAGCGUGAACGAGAGAGGGAUGAACUCUGGAAGAAGCUACAAGCACUAGAGCUGAAUCAUCAGCAGAAACAACAGUGAGAAUACAUGAAUGGUGUAGUGCAGAUGGUCGGAGGUUGGCCUGAGAAGUGGCGUCAUAAUGGUGUGGGCGCGCUUGGCCCUACACCCUUCCUGAUGAUCAUGUGGGCCUGGGGCUGGACCUGUGGAAUACCAUCACCAAGUUCACAUGCAUCAACCAUACAACUCAAUUUAGUUUUGAAUGUAUUCUGGUCAUAAAAAUGAAGCCAUAAGCAUAGCUGUGCAAAUUUUCCGAGUCCUGUUGUUGUAGAGACAUACGUGUAAGCUACUGAAGAGUGAUGGUGCCCUGGAUAACCUUUAGGGGUACAAACUAUACCCUUUCCCCAGGUAACAUCAGCAGGGAAAAUGGUGUAAGGAUAGCAAUCUAGGCUAUAUGUCUAUUCUGUAUGUAAUAUGUACUAUAUGGUAGCCUACAUAAACUGAUGACCUUUGUAAUUACUCAGUAGGAGAGAUUGUAAGAUGUGUGUAUGAGAUGGGAGGAGCGUUGAAGGUGCUGUUUGGCUUGGAGAAGUUACCGAGAAAAGAGUGGCCCUGUACAUGUCCCACAAGAUGCGGACCAGUUCGCUGCUCCCUGUGGGGGCUGUGCUAUGCUCACCAGUUCCUUGCUAGGAUUUGGUUCAAAUUGAAUUAUUUACAAAUGAUUUCAUGCAUAGGUAUUGGGCCUAAUUCUGGGUUAUGAUUUACUUUACUGGACUUUUUAAUCUACUAUUAUAGGUAGGCCAAUUGUUGUGUUUUGGAGAGGGCUUUUAAUAUUGAACUGAUCAGCAGGUUGUUCAGGUCACAAAAGUGAAUUUGUGAUUGUAGUUUCCUUUGCAUUAGUUAGGAAAUAGUGUAUGUCAUUGCCCAAGUUUGAUUCAUGCAAACCACAUUAUGUCUCCUCUGUCUGUCAAGGUAGUCAUCCUUUCCUCUCAUGAUUGUACAUAGGUUGAGAGUCUGUGUGCACCAAUUCUUGAUGCUAUUUAUAGCCAUUGUGUUGUGGCCCAAGUAGUCACUGGGAAAAAGAACAAAAAGUUACAGGACUUGGUCUUGAUUUGGCAAUGUCUAGUCAUCCCCAUAUGUGUGGACUUGGGGCAAUGAGGCCUCACUGUUUUGUAGUCUAGUUUAUGUGGAUGAUUUCACUUGCUUGUUGUCCCCUGUGUUGCUAGCUGAUCAGCUGGUUGGGAAGCACGGGCCCCACUGGUCAGUAAGUUGGGUAGUAAUGGAAAAGCUACCCAGUUUUACUGAUCGUGCUUCCUGUGCUGAGUAUAUCCUCUCCCUUUUGAUUUCAUUUUUAUUUUUUAUUUUUCAAUUUACUUUAUUUAUUUAUUUUUUUCAUAGGAAGUGCAUUUUUUUCCUGAGAGUGGGAGUUGAUGUUUGCUCUCACCAAUGAUUUAUGCAACCAGUACCAAUGUUUAGUGGAAGGGGUGUGCAGAGGCUCAAACAAACUAUUUAUGAUACUGGCUGGCCUAUGUGAAAGAACCUAAUUAUUGUGUGUUAAUCUGGUGCAAUAGUGUGACUCAUCUAUAGCUGCUGGUGCCCCCUUUCUAGGGGAAUGUGUGCUGUGCAGGUGGUGUCUUGUGCAGAUGCCUGCAAGAGGUGAACAAUAAAACCAUUUAUCCCAGGAACUGUAGUGUGCACUGCCCCCUUCCUACCAAACUCUUCAUUAGUGUGCACCAACCUGGCAACCAACAUAACUAUUCAAGAGAUCUGUAAACGUGCACCCAUCCUGGCCAUCACCGCCACCACCUUCCUGAAUAUUCAUUAAAAUUAACAAUGCCAUCAAUUUGAGAACCCAUAUUAGGCACCUGCUUUGUAACCACUAUAUUCCAUAACCAGGAUAUUCAUCAGUCAGACUUAAUUCCACUCCCCCUCCUCCCCCGAAGUUGUGCCUCACCCUGUUGCUACCAUCAUUAUGGGAUUAAAUAUGUGUAAAUUGUGUAGAUAAUUAAUAUCAUCAUCACAGAGACUUCUAGAGACAGCAACUACUUCAGUACUGCCAAUAUUCUGGUCACCAUCACAGCCACAGCGUUUAUGGGAUUGGUGUUGUACACUCCACUUUCUGCGUCCAAUGGAGUAGGAAGAUCACACCCAUUUAACCACUGUGCCCGUUUGUCACUGUUUUGCCACCGAGUUACAAAUCCACACCGUGUGCGCUCACUUACGGAUUGCAAUUCCUAGAAUUUAUAUUGAAUAACUUAGCAAUCUUCCAUAAGCCUGCAGUUUAUAACUGUUCUGGGUUGCAGAAGCAUAGAGCAGUGUUGAGACUUGUCACCUGUAUUUACCAUAUGUUAGGUUGUUUUAAUGGACUGUAUUAGGUAACUUUCCCAAGGGACUGUUGAUGUGCAGUGAACAAGCACCACCACCCAGGAUAAACAAGUGCACAAGUUACUUCCUGCAGAUAGGCUAGAGAAGUGCACUCAGACCAGCUGGAUCCUACAGGAACCUGGUGGUGUUCACCUGCCCCUUCCAUGUUCUUGAUGGGCAUCAAGGCACCUGCACAAAUCAGCCAAUCUAUUUUCAGUAAAGCUUGUAUACAAUGUACAGUCAAACCUUGAUGUGUAAUAUUAUUAAUUAUAAGCUAGAGAUGUGAUGAGAUUGUUGGAAAAAAUUUGUUACACAACUGAUGAGAUGGUGUGGACACUUUGUAUGUAUGUCACACAAGAUGUAGACUAGCCUUUGCCACAUGCUUUACUUCUGCCUUGUAUGUUUGUAAAUUUAACUGUACAUGUACAUACACCUGAAGCAGAGUAGGGUGUGAGUGUGGCAGCCUGCUCAGGGUCCAGAUCAUGCCGGAUCUAAACCUUUGAAUAGUUUCAUUUAAUAUUAUUAUGGAUUGCAUUUUUUUCAGCUAAGCCGCAAUGUGAUUUGUUUGAAAUGCCUUUAUGCUGGUUAUAUCAUUUAUCAAAAAAGUAGGAGUGAUGAAAAUAACAAGUUGCUUAAUAGGAAGACUCUGCCGUAGCUUCCUCUGGAGUCUCAUCACUGCGUUGUUCAAGCAGAUCAUAAUAUGCAACCAUUUCCAGCAGACCAUAAGGGGAAUGGGGUGAAGUUUGAAUAAUCUCUUUGGGUGUCUUACAGUGCUGAAGGUGGUGGUGGAAUAAAUAUCAGGCUGUCUAGUGUAUAAGUGUUGAUGAAAUUUGUUUCCUAGCAAAUUGGCAAAUUGCUUUUAGGUGACCAAUGCAUAGAAAGAACACAUAUCAUGGAACAUGAAGUGGUCUUGAGUGGAUAAACUAUACCUUUGUAGCUGGUGUCUAAAAGAAAAUAAUAAUGUGCAGUGGGUUGAGUGACAAGAGAAAACUAGAUAGCAGCAGCAGCAACUCAGCUCUGCAAAGACAUUUCAGAUACUGCAGGAAGUGGCUGAUGGAAAGAUGGAGGUUCAUGGAAGGACAGAGAUGGACUCUAGUAGGCUGCUGCCUCGGCUUCACAAUGGCAUUCUCUGGGUUGCAUCUUUCACUUGUGGAGAUGUGAUAUUUUAAUACUGCUUUUUCUGUAUGGAACUUGUUCUAUUAUUUCUAUUCCUGUAGACUAGAUAGUGCCAACAUGAUGCAAUAGCAUUAUGCAGCUAGGGUCUCACACAGCCACUGGUGAGCACCAGCUUGGAGACGUGGCGGUGUUGAUGUGCCUCUAGGCUGUGUCCUUCCCCCGGGCCCAGUACUGCCUGUUGUGAGCCACAUGGCCGUCGCCUCGUCACUCAGAGAAGCAGCAGCAACAUCGCCUCACCGUUUUUAACUCCAAUCAGUCUGGGAUGUUAAAAUUAAGUAAUAAUACCAUUAUUGUAAUCUUCAUAACUUUCUGUUCACAUAAUGUAAAGCAAGACAAUAAAGAACUUAAAAGUUUGUCUCAUGCAUGUUAUGUCCUUGGUAGUUACUUCCAACUUUGCCAAUAUUCUCAUGGGCUAAGAAUUAUCAGAAUACAUGGUGACAUUAUAAGGAUUUUUUUGUUCAUAUUACUUUUAUAGAGCAUAGUUAUGUCUGGUUAAUGUCAUGUGAUAGUCCCUAAUAUAGCUGAAAGUUGAGGAGCUGCAAGUAGUGGUCAGACAAAGCCAGAAUUAGCAUGGAACACAAUAAUAUCUGGUAUGUUGUGAAAACCUGUUUUCCAUUAUGGUACUGAUUCAUUUUUAUUAUUUAUGUUUACAUAUUUAUUUAUUUAUUAUUUCAUUUACAAAUUCUUUAACAUAAUUGUCGCAUAUUUUUAUAUCUUGCUGUUGCUCCUAUAUAUAUAUAUAUUGUUCAACGUAAGGUUUAUCUCUAAGGAAGGUUAGCAAUUGUCUAUCUGCUCACUUUUAAUUUCAUAAGAGCUUUAGAGUAAUUCUCUGACUGAUGUUACUUGGUACAAUUAUUUUUGUACACCUUAGAUUUAUAUUUUAGUCCAUUAUGGAAGUCUACCCUAUGAAGGAAGUAGUGAUUCCUUUUUUCCAUCACCAGACUAUUGGACUUCAUGUCAUCUCCCAAAGACACCAACUCACUUUUGCAAUAGGUCAGUGAAAUUGUGGUCAUCUUCAUAAUGAUAAUUUCUAUCAAAAAACUUUAGUGAGGGUUUGAAUCAGCCACACAUUCAUCAUGAUGUCAUAACCUACAGCAACCAUAUGCAUUAGCCUCAUGAAGUAAUCUGGUAUCAGAAAAGUAACUCCUUGGUACCUUCUGUUGUCACUUGAUGUUGGGGAGUAAUGUUUAAACACUCCACUAUCAGGUAGCAGAGCACAGCAGAGCAUGUCUUGCAAGCAUACUUCGGAUUCCAGCAGCUGCAAAUAGGUAAUUGUGUAAAAGCCACAAGCCAGUCCAGCCAUAUAUACAACACUUGUUCAGGACUUCUCUAGCCAUUUACAAGGAUUCAUGUACUUUUCCAGAAAAUAGCAUUGUGAAAAGUAAUUUAGCCAAAAAUAAAUUAAUAAAUAUACAGUACUUAACUAUGGAUCAUCAUUUUGCAUGGUACUCUUUCCAUGCAAAGGAAGAGCCUUACAAAAAUAGAAAAAAAAGGUUUAUUACAUCCUUUCAAUAAAACCAAAACAUCAACUGUAGCAUUCUGAGCUGCGUAGAGGAUAAUUCCCAGAGUGCCUCAUGAUGUGCUAUGUAUAUUUGUUAAAAUUUGAUUAGAAGCAUUAAUUUUGCAAAACUUCCAUGUGUGAUCUGUCCCCAAACUAUGGGUCGUAAGGUAUAUCAACUUCAAGAUUAGCAAUUUUCAUUUCAGUAAAAAAAACAA